GUACUGCGCCUUUAAGAGCGUUCCCGCCACUCACCCGCUACAAGGGAGAAGAAGCCCUCAGUACACAGUGACAAGAUGGCGGCAGCAACUAUGAGUCCGUUUUUCUCUCAGAAUAUCAACCAGAACUCUCUGGUUCCGGACUGGACCUCUCAGGAAGUCAGCACCGGGACCACCAUCAUGGCAGUAGAGUAUGAUGGAGGCGUGGUGAUCGGAGCGGACUCCAGGACCACCACCGGAGCGUACAUCGCUAACAGGGUGACGGACAAACUGACUCCCAUCCACGACCGCAUCUUCUGCUGCAGGUCCGGCUCAGCUGCUGACACUCAGGCCAUCGCUGACGUGGUCACCUACCAGCUGGGCUUCCACAGCAUUGAGCUGGACGCCCCCCCCC